AAAGAAAAAAGAAAAAAUCAAAUCAAAUAUUAAUCAGAAAUCUAUUCCCCUUCAAAUUUCCCAUAUAAUGGGCAACAGUGCAAAUCAAGUUAUUGUUUCUGUUUCUCUUUACUGGUCAUCCCAGGACGCCUCACAGAGAGUUCUGAGAGUUCACGUGGACAUUCAGCCGCUGCAGCCACAGCUUCAUUUCAGCUGUCGUCACUGGGCAAAGACGAGCUCUUCAUUGCAAGGCGCUGCUGUAAUGGUUCACUGACACAAACGGAGGAAAGCAGGGAGAGAAUGAAGAUCUUCAUAUUGCUUUGUAUCCUGGGUCUGAAAAUCUCUCAGGCUAAAGGACAAGACAAUUCAACACAAAUGUAUUACGCCAAACUGACAAUAGAGGAAAAUGCAAUCAGAAACAUAACUGAAAUACUGAGACCUUUUGUGAGUAACACCAGCCUGAGCGUCGACCAACUUGAAAAGACAACAAUCUGUCAGGGUGUCUCGGAUGGCACACAGUGUACCUGCGAGCCACACUACAGGUGGAGCGAUAAAGUCUGUAAAGACAACCAGCAAUGUUGUGGCAAGAACAAAUGCACCUUCCCCAAAAACUCUUCUCACGUGUGUGUUUCAGACAGCGCAGUUACCGUCACAGGAUCCAUUAUUCUGAAUGGACAGCAGUACUACAACUGUCUGGCAGAAAAAACCUCCAUGGACUAUCAGCUGUGCAAUACCAAAUUAACAGAAGCGUUGAAGAUGGCGUACAGCACUUUGAGGGGAUUUGACAUCUUGAAAAUCAAGCAAUACAGGGUUGGCAGCAUCAUUGCAGAUUUUGAAAUGAUCAUUGCUUACAGCAUCAAUCCACAAGAUCUGAUCAACAAAUCAGAACUCCUGAGCAAAAAUCUGUCAGCAUCGUUUAUUUUGGAGACCGUAGGUGUUGUCCAUCUGAGCAUGCCAACCAACUAUGUGUGUUACAACACCCAGCACAUCCUCAACUGCACAGUGCACGAGGACCUGAAUACCCAGCCGGCGUGGCAGCUGAAGGGAGGAAACCAAACAUAUGACAUAACUAACGGCACAGAGUCGGGGGUGACGGUGACAACACUGGAGACCAGUGUCACGCUUAAAAACGUGUCAGAACUAUGGGCAGGAGAGUACACGUGUCUCUACUAUCAAACUUCAAAAUCUCACCAAUGCACCGUAACUAACAAAGCCAGCGCUGUCAUGGACGUAUCCCUCCUGCCGCAGAUUGAGAUAAACAUGGAGCCAAGUUUUCCACGCUGCACAAAGAGUUCAGAUUUCAUCAACAUAAGAAUCCAGUGUGACAUUGAGAGCAGCAGUGAAAAUUAUAACGUGACAUGGUCAAGGAAAAGCAUCACAGCAGAGAUAAGACCACUGGCCUCUCGUUCUUCUGAAGGAAGUGUUAUUUAUGAAGCUGUGACGGUUGUUAGCUGUGACGCGUCCACGGUUACAAGUCAAAUAACGUGCGCUUUUAAGAACAGGUGCAAACAAGAGAGAACUGCUUCGAUUGACGUCAAUAUCAUAUAUGGUGACGAUCAGUUCUGUGAAGCUGAAGGUGACUGGGAAGACACCAAAGCUGGAUUCACUGCGGUGUUAAAAUGCAAGGACGCAAUAGGACAAAGACGAAGGAAAUGCCAAAAAGGCACUGUAACGGCGACGUGGGAAGCAGAGGUUUCAGUGUGUGUGAGCCGGGAAGUGAACAAUGUGAUACAAAAAGCAAAGGUUGUUGACAUUGGACUUGGCUCACUCGAUGGAAAUGCUGCACAUGUAUUUUCCCUCCUUGAGGUCGUCACUAACAACUCAGACAACAUCAACACUAUCGCCAAUCUGAAUACAUCGGUAGAAGUGCUCUUCACUUUGAGCCAGAAACGAAACCUACAGCAAAAUGAAUCAACAGCGGAUGUCUUCCUGGAGUCAUCCAGUAAUAUGUUGAACCAGUCUCUUGAAAAAUCAUGGAAAACAUAUGCUGACGAAGGAAAUACUUCAAUGGCUGAGAGAUAUCUGAUUUCAGUUGAGCAAUUAAUUCAGACAGCAAAUAUAAAAGGCAAGACAGCAAAGAAAAACUUAGAGGUGGCAGCACGCAAUUGUCAGGAGAGGUCAGAAUGUACCAACAAGGUGUUCAACGCCACCAUCCAGCUCGAUAGCACAGACCCUGGCAAUGUAAAAACAGCUGGGUUUAAAGAACUGGAGAAGUAUUUGCCCAACGACGACGACGAGUACAUGCCUAACAGCAUUGUUGUGUCGACAACCAGGGAACAGAAACGUUCAGAUUCAGUUGCGGUUACUAUUAAUUUCCCAUUGCUUAAGCCGAGACCUCGUAACGUUGAGAUGCAGUGUGUGUCAUGGGACACUAGCGCCAACGGUUGGUCAUCACAGGGAUGCCAAUGGGAGCGUGGCGGUUCUUCUGAUCAGGGAAAGUGUGUUUGCAGCCAUUUGUCCUCAUUUGCCAUUUUAAUGGCACAGCGUCCCUUGAACAUCACCGGCCUGACUCAGAUAACCUAUGUCGGACUGUCCGUAUCAGUCCUAUCUCUGGUUAUGAGCCUUGCAAUAGAGCUGGCUGUCUGGAGUGCUGUGGUUAAGACAAAUACUUUAUAUUUACGCCACACUGCCCACAUAAACAUUUCUUUGUGUUUGCUAGUUGCAGACUGCUGUCUUUUGGCAUCUUUGAAGACAGACAAUGUUUCAGAAAUCUGGUGCAAGGCCCUUGUGGUGUUGAAACAGUUCUGUUACCUGUCCAUGUUCUUUUGGAUGUUGUGUUUGAGCAUGACCCUUCUUCAUCAAGCAGUUUUCCUGUUCCAUGAUGUGAGCAAGAAAACCUACCUUAGGUUCUCAUUAGUCCUGGGCUAUGUGUGUCCUUUGCUUAUCGUUACUAUUACAAUUCUUGCUUAUAAAAACGGUGCAGAAGGCUUCUACUUCUCCAGAGAGACCUGUUGGCUGGUUUAUGAUGGGCAAAUGAAAGGGUCUAUUCAUGCAUUUGUCAUACCAGUCGGCAUAAUUGUUCUCAUCAAUGUGUUCUCCAUGGUGCUGGUGACCAUGAAGCUUUUAAGUCACCCUAAGAGUGCACAAAGUUCUCAUAACAAACAAAAAAAGGCUGCCGUGACUGCCAUGAGGACGGUCAUCCUUCUGACUCCAGUCUUCGGUGUGACUUGGAUCUUUGGAUUUGCUGUGAUGCUUCUUGAUCUCACAGAUGGAUUUUUAGUCUACGCAGCCAAUUAUAUCUUUACCCUGCUGAACGCAUUCCAGGGUUUGUUCAUUUUGUUAACCACAUGCCUGGGGGACAAACUGACCCGUGACGCACUGCUGAGCCGUCUAAAAAAACAUACUCCAGCAUCGUUUACCGACAGCUCCAUGAAGUUAGACUCAAGUAUAAAGAAGUGAAAAUCAUCUCAGAUAUGUGCACUCUAAAAACAAACCAAAUCUGAUAAAAAUCUGGAUUCUUUGUUUAUUACAUUAAAAUUGAACUACUUAGUCAAGACAAACAUGGUUUAAGCAAUACUGUAUUUUACAUGUUUUUAUCAGUACUAAAACUCUGAAAUGCCAAAGAAACACUGUCAACUGAAAGGCUAUAAGGAUGCCACACAUUUGGUUGUGUAAACAUGAGUUAGGCCUACGUCUGAAAGUUGCCUUUGGAGAUGCCGUUUUCUUCGUUUUCUUUGCCCUGUUCUGCCCACUCCUCGUCUGUGUCAUCCAGUGAAAUCCCUUUUUGGGCUGCCAUCUUGCGGUAGGCCUGGCACUCAAUUUCUGCUCUGCAACACGCAAAAACAGAGUGAUUUACUUGUUAAACUAAUGUUGCACCAAGCUGUGUAUUUAUUUAAAAGCUUUGCAUUUGCAUGGAAGGUUGAAUAAAAUUAUGUGAUAAUCAGG